CAGUGUUGGGUGUUGUCUUCCGCGUUAAUUGAUAUUUGUACUAAGAAAGUUGUAAAAAUGUCGUUCGAAAACUAUAAAAACGUAUUCUUAAUAAUUUUCAGUUUAUUCUGCCUUCAAAUACAUGGUCAAAAUCUCAAUAAUACUGUUAUAUGGUGUACAAUAUCAGAAUCUGAACAAGAUAAGUGCAAUGCAUUUUCAAGAGCAGUUGAUCGUGAGAUAGCAUUUUUUGAGUAUAAUUAUGUUUCUGUGCAAUGCAAACAAGCAUUAAACAAAGAAGACUGCAUGGCUAUGUUGGAUCAUGAGAAGGCACACAUAACCACUUUGGAUGCGGGAGAAAUUUUUAUAGCUGGAAGAUAUCAUAGCUUAAUACCAAUAAUGCAAGAAAUAUACAAGAAUAACGUGAAUUAUCAGUAUGCUGUUGCAGUUAUUAAAAAAGGGUCGUUACCAGAUGUUCAGAGCUUAAAUGAUUUGAGGGGUAAAAAGGGUUGCUUUGCUGGGCUUGGAAUGCUUGCUGGUUGGAUUAUUCCUAUACAUAUACUGAUGAAGCAAGGUGGUUUAGAAAUUAUCGAUUGCAAUAAUCAUGUGAAGUCUGCUAUCAAAUAUUUUGGACCUAGCUGUGCUGUAAAUUCAUUGAUCGAUAAAUACAAUCCAUUAGGUGACAACUCUGACCAGUUAUGCAAGCUGUGCAUUGGAAAAAUACCUGGAGGAAGGUGUACAAAGUCAGAUCCUUAUUCAGGAUACGAAGGAGCAUUUAGGUGUUUGGUGGAAGCAGGAGAAAUUGCUUUUUUGCUACACACGACCGUAGAUGAAAUGACAUCGACUACUUUUGACUUUAGUGGGUUUUUAAAAGAACAAUUUGAAUUACUUUGCCGAGACGGCACGCGCAAGUCGGUCGAUGAAUAUACACAUUGUAACUGGGGUACUGUUCCAUCGCGUGUGAUAGUCACAUCGUCCGCGACGAAAAUCGAGACUCGUCGUUUGUAUCAACGGUUUUUACAAAAAGCAGUGAACAUACUGAAUAAACGUAACGCGAAAAAUUCGACCGAACCAUACGAUGAUCGUUUCGAAAAUCGACCCGGCUAUAAUAAUAGAUUCGGCGAGAAUAAUUUUAAUAGAAGCGGAUACAUUAAUCCGAACGAAUACAAUACAGAUAAUUUUGAAAAUCGCAACGCAUACGAUCCAAGUUACAACGGUAUCGAAUUAAAUUCGUGGGAUAAACCAGAGUCGACGAACGUACAACCGAUAGAGACUUUCAACCUGUUCGAAUCUGCACCAAGAUACGGAAUACAUCACAACUUACUUUUCUCUGAUUCGGCGCAUGAUUUUAUCCAAUUGCCUGAGAAAGAUCAAACUUAUGGUGGAUAUUUAGGUAGCUCUCUAGAUCCGAUAUUGGGAGUUCGUCGUUGCCCAGUCAAUAGAAUGACUUUGUGCGUUACGUCGGAUCCAGAAAUGGAAAAGUGUAUGAAAAUGAAGAUGGCAUUAAAAGCGCAACUAUUAAAACCAGAAUUAAAUUGUUACAAAGGUCAUAGUCAGAUUCAUUGCAUGCAAGCUAUACAAAGCGGAAUCACCGAUGUGGCGGUAUUGGAUACCAGCGAUGUAUACACCGCUGGUCUGCGUUUCGAUCUGAUCCCCUUUAUAUCGGAAGUUUACAAUCUACCCACACCGGAAUAUUACGUGGUCGCGGUGGCGAAGGAAGAAGACGAUAAUACAGAUUUGACUUAUUUGAAGAACAAGUAUACUUGUCAUACGGGAAUUAACACGGCCGCCGGUUGGGUGUACCCUUUGGCGUAUCUAAUUUCCAACACAUGGAUCAGGGGCUACGGUUGCGACUCUGUUCGCGCCGCUGCUGAAUAUUUUAGUAAAUCAUGCGUGCCAGGCGCGCUCAGUACCGAAUAUAAUACAGGGGUGCCUUACGAUAAUAUGUGCGACCUUUGUCACGGCGCGAGUUUUCGUUACUGUCGGCGAGAUGCGUCUGAAGAUUACUUCGGAUAUACAGGUGCGUUUCGGUGUUUAGUCGAGGGAGGAGGAGACGUAGCCUUCGUUAAGCACACAACGGUCGCUGAGAACACCGAUGGGAAGCGACGAGAGACGUGGGCGCGUAAUACAUUCACGAAAGACUUUGAGCUACUUUGCCCGGAUGGGACUCGUCGACCGACCACCGAUUACAUGCACUGUAAUCUAGGAAAAGUCACGGCGAACGCGAUAGUCACCCGUGGCGGAUAUUACGGAUACAACGAAACGCAGAUAAACGCUUACAUAAAUCUGUUUAUUUAUGCCCAACAGUUUUACGGGCGAAAGGAGCAGGAUGAAUUUAGCUUCAGCAUGUUUUACAGCCAGCCGCCUUACAGCGAUCUGAUUUUCCAAGAUGCCACGCAACAACUGGUGGUAAUACCGCCGGAGAAACGGGAGUUUAGUGCAUAUUUAGGGCCAGAUUUCAUGAGAGCUAGGAGGAUCGUAGACUGCAACGCUGGCGCGUCAGCUAUAGAGCAGUCGGUAUUAGCCACGAUAGCUAUGAUUAUACUCACUUACGUGUUCAGUAGAUAAAAGUUGGCAUAUUUUUUCUUUACCAAUGAGUAUCUAAUUAAUAUAUAAAUGUAUAUUGAAAGAAAACAAAAUUAGAUGUAUGUAACUCUGCACCGGGACGAUUACGAUGCGUCUAGCUGCUGUCGCUAUGUUAUAUACGAAAUGUGCAUAUAACUCGACCAUAGUUUUUGGAAGAUACUUGGGUGUUCCAAGUUAACAGUUCUUUUUUUUAUACAAUUUCGAACAAACUUUUCUCAACAUUGCCAGGAGUACUUGGAAUACCCAGUAGUCACUUGUAAUUUACAGAUUUAGAUCUGAUCCGUCCAUUUUGAAAUUUUAACAUUAAUUAUACGGUAAGAUUUUAUCUUAUAUAAUGACUUUACGCGUACCUUAUGCCGUCCAUUAAUAUUUUUAUACAUAUCGAUUAAAAUAAAUUUUCAAGUUCUUAAAUACGUUCGUUAUUUAUCAUUUUAUUCGAUGUUAUCCAUUUCGACGAUCGUCUCGUACUAUGCUAUAUUUCCAGUGUUCGUCAAUUCCUUUAGUCUUUUGGUUACUGGUUAUGCAAAUAAUUGACAAUUGAUUUUAACUUAGUUGGCAAUAGAACGCUAAUGAAAAUAAUAUGAAUUCAAACCUAGGGAAAAUAAUCGGUCUCCUAGUUUCUUGGGCAGCACAAUUCCGGAAGAAUUUCGUAUUUUCGAUUUUGUUGUAGAAUUUCUCUUACUUUUUCCUUUCCCCGUAGAACAGGAUUUUGCGAUUUUACACUUUCGAUCAGAUUCCAUUACCUUAACGUGACAAACGGUCGAGCGAGUCAUUAAUGCGCUACACUAUAACGAAAACAUUCUAACAAGUCGAAGAGAUGAAAUUUACAUUGUCGGAACGAUGGUUUUGUUUCGAUUGUCCAAGUACGAUAUCGAUGUGCUUUAAUUUUUUCGUAAUGUUUCGCGUUUUCUUACGACGUCUCUGAAAUGAAAUUUCAUUUAAUUAACAAAUUCGAAGAGAACUAAUUAAGCAAUUUGGUUAGGAGACACGGUAUACUACUCCAUCUUGAACCGGAAUGAACGUUUAUUCGAUGCACUUUCACCUUACUUUUUUUGGUUUCUCAGUUUUC